AUGGCCCAAAUCGAAAAAGCUUUUGCUGUCACACACAUCAAGUCCUACAUCCCAAUGAUCCUCGACAUGCAAAAGAUGAACUAUGAUGCUUGGCGUGAACUCGUUGAGACACACUGUCUCACGUUCGGUGUCUCAGGCCAUCUCGAUGGGACCUCCCUCCCAGCAAACGCCGAAGACACACCAUGGAAGGAACGAGACAGCCUCGUCAAGAUGUGGAUCUAUGGCACCAUAUCCUCUUCUCUCCUCGACACAGUUCUGAAGACUCGCUGUUCUGCUCGUGAUCUAUGGGUCACGAUAGAAAAUCUCUUCGCGACACACAAAGAAGCACGAGCGAUCCAGCUCGAAAAUGAACUCCGCACUCUCACCAUUGGAGACUUGUCUAUUCAUGAGUACUGUCAAAACUCAAGAAUCUCACAGACCUCCUAG